ACCAUAGACGUAUGUAUGUAUGUAUAUCGCGAAAUAAUCGUCAUAAAUGUUAGAAAAAAACACGCACGAGCGGAAGCACGAAAUUGUCGAUUUUGUCGUUCCUUUUUUUAACACAAACAUAAUGAUGUGUAUAAGUUCGGCGAAAUAAAUUUUUGAAAACUCGAAAAAAAUAUCUCGUUCUACAAUUUUCAUAUCCAUAAAUAUGCUUUUACAUAAACAUUCAGUAUAUAGUAUUCGUCGUGAAUCAGAUGAUCAGUUGUAUCAAUGUCAUCGUACUAUAACAGACUCCAUCAAAAGAUUCGUCAAUCAUAUAAUGCUAAAUGCAUUCAAAAUAAUUGAUAACUUGGGUGAACUUACUUUUGAUGAUGUAACUGGUAUGACUACCCGAAAAUUAGGUUUCUUCGGUAACAAAUGGCCUGUCUGUGGUUGCUUUAAUGCACGAAACGGAUUAGAAAUUGUGAUAAAUGAAAUGGAAUCAUGGAAUGCAUUAUCAGCUUUGAAAGAUUGGAUGUUCCAUGUUAAUUUUAUGGGCCUUCGACGUAAAAAUUGUGUUGAAAUUUAUAUGUAUCAAGUUCUUUGGAGUGUACCUACCCCAGCAUAUCCUGAACCUCAAGUCACAGUCAGUGUACACUUCUAUAUAGCAACAAGUCACAUUUAUCCAUCUCAUUUUCCCGUCGAUGUUUCAUACGUUUUCGAAGGACAUCAGUUUACACAUACUUUAAAUAUGAUUUUCAGACCUAAAUGGCUUUAUGAUAUAUUAGAUAUGAAAACAAUGAUGUUCAAGACUUUCAAUUUUUAA